AUGCACAUUCAACGUGACUCUGAUGCACUUCUGCGUCAGGUUUUCCAGGCUACUCUUAAAGGACAAGCUCGAACCUGGUUCUACUCUCUGCCAUGGGGAACUGUAAACACCUUUAAUGAGCUUGCCAGACUGUUUGUAGAACAGUUCGUAGCAAACCGACAGAUCAUCAAUGAUUCAUCCCAUCUCUCGGGAAUUCAUCAAAGCAAAGGAGAAUCAUUGAAGGAUUACUUCCGCAGGUUUUCUACUGAAGCUCGACAAAUCCCGGGAGUAGAUCCAGAUUUACUAAGAGGAGUCUUCCUUGGGGGGCUCCGCCCAGGACCCUUAUACUCAUCAUUGAUUUGGGAGACAGUUCGUUCUUAUGCUGACCUUGUUUACCGUGUUGAGGCACAAAUUUCUGCAGAUGAUGUCAUCAUUGCUCACAAGGAACAAUUUGAGCGAUUGGGGGGCAAGCGCAAGAAUAACCUCGUUCAACAUUCAGCUGCAAGGAGUUCAGAUCAGCGUUCAGCCCAAGAGGCCCAUUCAGCUGCUAGGAGUUCAGAGGCCAGAGACCCGUUCAACGUUCAACCCAGGAGUUUGGAGGCCCGUUUAGCAUUCAGCCCACUCAGUCUGCUUCGGGCCUCCUGCCCCGCUAUGACCCACAGGUUUAAUUAA